UUUUUUUUGCCGUUUUUAUAAAUAAUGGUACGGAACCCUUCGUGCGCGAGUCCGACUCGCACUUGCCCGGUUUUUUAUAGCAUAUUUCAAAAAACUUUAACAUAUUUUUUGCAUAAUGACUAGCAUUUUUUCAGAGUUGACAACACUGACUGAUAGUAUUCUGUCGCUGUUCGCUGUAAAUCGAAACUAUAUCGAAACGCAUACCGCUUACUGACCUCACUGUCUAAUUUCUUAUCAGUCUUUGUUCGUUUUGCUAAAAUUAAUAAGAAUUUACGCUUUGGUAUACGCCAAUUACUUCUUAAUAGUGAUAACUGCAUAUUUAAGAGCUAAGAGAAAAUGGCAGAUAUCAUCUCCCAAGAUCAGGAACAACAAGUUAAGAAACUCAAAAGAUUGCUAGAAGGGUGGCGUAUGGCCCUGCUGCCAAUGAGAUCAAUAAUCUUGUGGGAACAGCAAUGGUACCCAGCUACUAUUGUUGGUGUACUCAGUUUCCUAUACUUUUUCAUCUGGCUCAUGGAUUCAAACUUCCUGACUACAUUCGCAAUUGUGGGAAUUUUCCUCAACUUUUUGGAUUUCAUUGUGCCCAUCAUAUGCACAUCUCUUUACGGCCCCAGUGCAUGGACUGGACAGAAGGAGAAGAUCUUUGAAGACAUUUGCAAAGCAAUUGUGAGGGACUACAACAAGAUUCUGAACCAUGUUCAAUUGUUCUUUUCAUUCAGGGAGACCAGUCCUAUUCUGUACUACAUAAUAUCCAUGUGCUUACUGUGCACACUGGGCUGGGUUUCCUCCGCCAUCAACAAUGUGCUGCUGCUGUACAUCCUGUCCAUCGGCCUGCUGCUGUGGCCAGGCAUCCAGCAUCGAGGCAUCUUCAACAUGGUGCUCUCCAUGGUCAACAUGGCACCCAAACCCAAGUAUCUUAAGCCAGAGUAGACAACCAGUCAAACUAGCUUUUAAUCCAAUGUGAUGUGUCUGGUCAUUACAAAUUUAAGUUUAAGCUUAGCUUAUUCUAUUUGAGCUUUAAAUUUUAGUAUAUGAUUACUGUGUGAUACAUGCAGUUGAUUGUUAGGACUAUGUUCCGGUUAUUGUUUUUACUUUGCGUCCCCUGUUAUUGUUGUGGGUAUCAGGAAGUAUUAAAUAAACUCACCAUUAUUUAUAUAGAAGGUAAUAUAUUUUCUCAUAAAGACUUUAAUUCCUAUUAGUUGCACUAAGUAUGUCUGUUGUAUAUGCAAUGUAACAUAAUUGAUAAGGAUGCAUGUAUGAAACAUUCUAAUACAAUUGUCUAUUCCAGGCAGCAUGUUGAUUCAAAGUUCAUUAUCUGAAAACGUGUAUACACUAUUAAAAUAACUGUAUUGAAAAUAGCGUUUAACUACAUAAUUAAAUACAUCUGGUUUAAGUGCAAGAAAUCCUUGCAAAAGCAUGUAUGAAACAUUUGCAUUGAACCUGUGCAUUUGAACUUAUAUAUUUAAAUUUAAAUGAGUAAUUGGUAGUGGACAAUUUUUAUAAUUAAAAUAAAAGCUACUUAACAGCCUAUGGCAGCCUGCACACUAAUUAGUGUUUUCUAACAAUAUCACAAUUCAUCUUAAAUUAUAACGUGUAGGUAAUUCUGAAAAAGCAUGGUGCACAAUGUGUACACUAAGUUAGGUGUAGUACAUAACAUUAAUCGUCUGUGAUCGUGAAGCCAGGCUUGACGGCAGCAUUGUUAGCUUUGGUGACCGAGGGUGUGGUGACCUCCGGGGGGACGUUGGGCAGGUUGUUGUUGGACUUACUUUCCUUCGAUGUGCUCGGUCGCAACAAGUCUUCGGCGACUAGCGUCGUGGUGAACCGGCUGCCCGCCACGGUUCCUGCAGCGUUGCUUUUCUGCGCGCUACUGUCGCUAUAUCUUCUACUCCCAUUGUUCAUCAGUUCAUUCUUCUUGUUUUUAUUCUUGCCAGUGUCGUUUAGCGAGUUGAGGUUGCUUAAAUAAUGAGAGGAGUCUACCUUCGCGUAUUUGUUAUUUUUUUCGCUAUCUAUAUUAAUGUUAAUACUAUUGAUGUUGUCCUUGGACUUGUGCAAGUCGGGGGUGCAGUCGGGCGCGUGGCUGGUGGAGGCGCGGCAGUUGUGGAGCUUGUGCGCGGGCGCGGCCAGCUCGUUCCUAAUGAAGCGCAGCGGCGAGCUGCUGUGCGGCUCCGUCGACAGCGUCUCCUCGUCGUCCUCGCCUUCUGCACUCUGUAAUAUCAAAUUCACGUGUUAACAGUAAUCUGGUAAGGUUGUCUCUGUUUGUUGUUUUUAAACUCUUUAAAAUUACAUUUCUGUCCCAUAUAUAUUUAUCUCUUACUGCAAGGAUAGGUGGAAAAAUAUAUACAUUACAAGUUAAAUUGCGAAUUACUUAGACUCCCAAGUCAUCAUAUUAAAUAUAAUUGCCACCAAUAACAGCAUUAAAGUCAACAAAUGUCUUAGAGUCAAACCAAGAUAAGUUGGUAGCGAUUUUAAAAGCCCGGACAGUGCAAGCGUCAAGUAAAUGGCAUAAUUUCAUAGAAGUUUGACGUUUAAAAUAACCCGUGCACCGUCUGGGCUAUCAAAAUCGCUGCCAACUUAACUUGGUUUGACUCUAAAUCUAUUCUUUCGUGUCGAUGUUCCAUAAACAUACACAGAAAGCAGAGGUUUCUAAACUGCUGUGUUCUACGUGUUCUCUCACCACGAAGCCGAUAAAUAAAUCCAAUAAGAACCCUUCUUGCUAAUAUUACAAAGCACACAUUAAUUAACGCAGUCUCACCAUAAGGUCGUGGUCGGUGAUGGAGCCGGCCGUAGCCUCGUUGCUGUUGAACUCUAGCUCCGAGGCGAGCGACACGGGCGUCACGUCCCCGCUAACAGAAGAACCUUUUACACAUAACACCCGGUUAGAUACACUGAGUUUACUGUUAGUAAUAAAUACAUAAUAUAUUAUAACAAUAUCUAGAACUAUUUUUAUGUGGCCGUUGGUUACUAAGAAUUUCAUACAUCGUAUUUACAUGUUAAAUGCACUAUAAAGAGCAACAGCAAUAUAAAUAAUAUUCGUAAUAACGUGCGAGUGACUGCGACAAAAAAUGGUUCAACGUUCGAAAUUCUUUGUACAUGGUGGCAGUAUUGUAAAAUCAGCCGGUAUGAUAUAAUUGAUACUGAAUAUAGAACCCAUUCAUUCAUAAUUUAAUAAAAUAAAAAUAGUAGUACCUAAUAUGAAAUCUGCCUAUGAUGAGUAGAAUUCAUUCUUGCUCAAUAUUUUAUUUUAAAAAUUCUGAAACGAAUCUACAUAUACGUACUUAAGAAUUUUUAUAUAUAGCGUAGGUGUAUAUUUAAAAAAAUCGUGCAAUGGCAUUGUUAUUCAUUAUGAUCCAUGAUCUCGUGAUAUUGUGUAACAAUUAAUGUAUCUAGUGUAGCGACCAUCACUGCAUGCAAUCUAAAUCUCAUCACAACAUUGAAGGUCCAGUUUCAUAACAAAUAACCAUCUCUUUUAGAAAAGUUUUCAUUAGUAAAUAAAAAACGAGUUAAGAAAGAUGUAAAUGGGUAUGAUUUUUAGGGUACGAUUACACUAUGUAUACUGCCGAAUUCGAGAGUCCCAUAGCACUGGACUGUACGAAUUUCGUAAAUCGGUUUACUGUCGAAAUCAGCAGGCUACAAAGUUUAAGUGCGCCCAGGUUGAAAACGUUGAAUGCAUGCGGAAGUGAUUUGUCGACACGAACUGGCUUGUUUUAUGCUUCCAAUAUACUCGCUACGCACUUGCGGUCUAGUUAGGAUAGUGGCACAUUAGCUAGGUGUGAUGAUAUUAGUGCAGCUGCCGUUAAGUGUUAUUAUAAAUUUUAACCAGUUUUAUACAAUCCCUGUUAGUAAUAAAAAUAUCAACAGCUUGCAUUCCUAGUAAUUUUUAUUGGUGUUGUAAAAACCAAUCAUGCUGCAUAAAUACGAAUGCGUAGGUAUACCCUUAAACACAAGAUGCCCGCUGCUAAGUGAAUAUUGGAAUGGUCCUGGUCAGCAAAAUAUUGUUUCUAAAAGUUACGUUUUCGAUAUAUUAUAUUGCAAUAAGGUAAUAUAUGUCGGCAUCGACUCCUAAGCAGCGGGCAACAAUAUAGAUGUGAAAGCAAGCAAUUGAUAUCAGUAUUCUUUUAUCAGGUAUGUUAUGAGAAUGUUUACUAAACUUGCAUACAUAAGCGAUUUACCUUUCCCUGCCAAUGUUAGAUUGUAGGUAGGCGUUAAGUAUACCGAUUAGUACCAAUUCCAAAAUUAUACAGUUGUUUGUACUGCUUAAGCCAAUAAACAUUUUUUU